AUGAUGUAUGGGCUGUGUUUUUUCACCGUUUGUUUCUCUCUCUCUCUCUCUCUCUUAAUGGCAUGCGAAAACAAGAAGAAUGGUCAGAAGCGAAAAAAACCUGGAAUGUUCACCCAAACGGAGAUUGAGAUGGCGAGGCAGCUGAUACAACUUAGCAACAGCAUCGCAGAUUCUAGCAGCAGUCAGUUGCAGGAAGAUGGGCACAGCUUCAACAGCGAAAGCGUGCAAUGGAAAUGGCAAGAGAGCAACAAUGAUGAUGAGAGUGGUGCAGUAGAGGAUGUGUUGGCAGAAAUAGAAGAAGAUGAAAGCUUAAGGAGAAGAAACAACAGGUACCGCUACAUUCAAGAUUUGUAUAACGCUACAGAGCCUCUACUCCAUCUACCUGCCUUUAUGGACCGACAUUAA